CGGCAUCUCUGUAGUGAGGGGAAAGAUAAACUCGAAGGGAACCAAGAAGAAAACCAAGAUGUGGCGACCUCAGGUUCUGCGGCUUCUGGUGCGAACUGAAAUCAGGCCUCUUGUCACACGUUUGUACCAUUUUGAUAACGUUGCCCCGAUCGGCACGCGUCCAGAAGUGGGGAGUCCUGAAUACAAGGAAAAUUAUGAUAGGAUGAAAAGUCUGGUCGUGGAGCUAAAGCAGAAAGUCAAUAAAAUCUUGCAAGGUGGUGGAGCGAAGGCAAGGGAACGACAGACGUCACGAGGCAAAAUGCUACCCCGGGACCGUAUCACAACCCUGCUGGAUCCUGGGUCACCGUUUCUGGAAAUAGGUCAGCUGGCUGGUCACCACCUGUACGGAGAGGAGGAGGUCCCAGCGGGUGGGAUCAUCACAGGGAUUGGGCGAGUGUCAGGCAUUGAGUGUUUGAUAGUUGCCAAUGAUCCUACAGUAAAAGGGGGCUCAUAUUAUCCAAUCACAGUGAAGAAACAUCUGCGUGCUCAAGAAAUAGCCCAGGACAAUUACCUCCCUUGCAUAUAUCUAGUUGAUUCAGGUGGGGCCAAUCUCCCACGACAGGCUGAGGUCUUCCCGGACAGAGACCACUUUGGUCGAAUCUUCUAUAACCAGGCUGUGAUGUCCUCUAAAGGUAUUCCACAGAUAGCAGUUGUACUAGGCAGCUGUACUGCAGGAGGGGCUUACGUUCCAGCGAUGUCAGAUGAGAGCAUCAUCGUCAAGAACCAGGGGACUAUUUUUCUGGCGGGACCACCCCUGGUUAAGGCAGCUUUGGGACAAGUUGUCUCCCCUGAAGAACUAGGUGGCGCUGAUCUUCACUGCAGCAAGUCUGGUGUGACGGACCAUUACGCACAGGACGACCAGCAUGCAUUGCACAUUGCCAGGAAGGUUGUGAGUCAUCUUAACUACCAGAAAUCUCCAAAUGUAACAGUGGAGGCCCCAGAGGCACCCCUGUACCCUGCAGAUGAGUUAUAUGGAAUUGUUGGAGACAACUUGAAAAAAACGUUUGAUGUACGGGAGGUGAUAGCAAGAAUAGUGGACGGCAGCAGAUUUGACGAGUUCAAACAAAUGUAUGGGGAGACAUUGGUGACAGGUUUUGCCAGGCUCUGGGGUUACCCUAUAGGUGUUAUAGGGAACAAUGGGGUGCUCUUCUCUGAAUCAGCUCUUAAGGCAACUCAUUUUAUAGAACUCUGCUGUCAGCGAAAUAUUCCACUUUUGUUUCUCCAAAAUAUAACCGGGUUCAUGGUAGGCCGUGAUGCUGAGGCUGGUGGCAUCGCCAAAAAUGGGGCCAAAAUGGUGACGGCUGUGGCCUGCGCUAAAGUUCCCAAACUGACUGUGAUAAUAGGGGGCUCAUACGGGGCAGGGAAUUAUGGGAUGUGUGGGCGAGCUUACGGUCCAAGGUUCCUCUACAUGUGGCCAAAUUCACGGAUCUCUGUGAUGGGCGGGGAGCAAGCGGCGGGUGUGUUAGCACAGAUCACUCAGGAACAAAGACUGCGGGAAAACAAACCAUGGACAGCUGAAGAAGAGCAGGCCUUGAAGGAUCCAGUGAUAGCAAAAUAUGAGACAGAAGGCAGUCCUUACUAUUCCAGUGCCAGGUUGUGGGAUGAUGGUGUCAUCGAUCCUGUGGACACUCGGUCUGUGCUGGGCCUCAGUCUUAGUGCUGCACUGAAUGCCCCGCCAGAAAAGACCCGCUUUGGGGUGUUCCGAAUGUAAGACCUUGACAGAGAAAGGAAGACAACCCAAACAGUAGAGCAGAGGAUCGGGAGUUG